CACCGCCCAAAAUUUUGAGGAUCUCUGAAAUCCGAAAUGCACACCAGCUGCCGGAAGAUCAGAACCGGCCUCCGCCGCUCUCCCAGCUCAAAACAUCCGCGCCGCCAUCCCCCACUUCCCAAACACCCCAACGAAACCCUAAAAUCCUUCGCCGCCGGCGAUCCCUCCGCCGCCCUACGCCAUCUCCUCUCGUCCUCCAACCCCGACUACCCCUCCUGCUCCUCCGUCCUCUACCGCCUCGCUCGCUCCCGCCUCUUCACCGAGCUCGACACCCUCCUCCUCUUCAUUCGCUCCCACCGCAUCCCCUGCCCCAACUCCCUCUUCUCCGCUCUCAUUCGCCACUUCUCUCUCGCUUCUUUCCCCCACAGAGCUCUCCGCCUCUUCUUCUCCAUCCCUUCCUUCAAUUGCUCUCAGAAAUCUCCCUCUCUCCAUACCUUCAACCACCUCCUCGACGCGCUCGUUAACAAUGGCUGUCACGAUGAAUCUAGACGCCUCCUUGAUCGCUGCUCUGAAUUCGGUCUUCGGGCAAAUCAUGUUUCUUAUAACAUUGUCAUGAAGGGAAGGUUGCGGAGAGAUGAGUAUGAUGGUGCCCGGCAAGUGUUUGAUGAAAUGCGCCAGAGAGGUGUCCGCCCGUCAGUGGUCAGCUAUAAUAUGCUCAUCGGAUUUGCAGGCCAAAAUGGGGAUUUAAGCAAAGCCAUGAGUUUAAAGGAGGAAAUGGUGAAGCAAGGGAUAGACCCCAAUUGUGUAACCUAUGCCCUUCUAAUGAAAGGAUUGUGCUCCUCCAACAACUAUGUUGCAGCAAGAAAACUCAUGUUCGACAUGGAAUAUCAUGGCUGCAAGACCAAAGCUGCAAACUUUGGAGUCCUGAUGAGCGACUGCGGCCGGCGAGGCGAUUUCGAUGAGAUGAAGGAGCUUCUGGCCGAAAUGAGGAGACGAAAAAUGAAACCGGAUGAGGUGAUUUAUAGCAUCCUCGUGAACUAUUUGUGCGCGAAUGGACGGACGGAUGAGGCUUAUAAGGUGCUGGUGGAGAUGGAGGUGAGGGAGGGAUUGCGGCCGAGUGCGGCUGUGUAUAGAAUGAUGGUGGAUGGGUUUUGUAAAGUUCAGGAUUUUGAGAGGGGAUUGGGGGUUUUGAAUGCCAUGUUGGUGGGGGGGCAUUGCCCUCGUUUGGAAACUUUUGGGGCUUUGGUUUUGGGGCUUGCUGGAGGUGGGAGAAUGGAGGAGGUUUGGUUUGUGUUGGAGGAGAUGGAGAGGAGGAAGAUGGGGUCAGGGUUAGGGUUAGGGGCAUGGCGUUCUUUGGUUGAGGGAGCUUGUGGAGAGUUUCAUGGUGGUGGUGAUGAGCUUUUGAGGAGGUUGACUCUGAAGGGAUUUGCGGGAGGAGAUGAGGGAUGAAAUUUAUUCAUUUUCUUCUUCAUAACCUUGAUCUCCUAGGCUUAUUUCUUUUAUACCCUGAAGAUGGAGAAAAUAUUACGUGCAACACAUUGCAUGUUCGGAAGAUGGCCCAGAUGCGGCCGCGUUGCCAUGUAUCGCACGAUGGCAUAUCCAGACAGUCAUAUGGACGUGCAGUCGCUGCACAUAAUAUUUGCUUCAAAAUAUGAAUUUGUUGGUGCAAUCCUUUGAUUAGGUUGUUGCACCCUAUAUUUUUAUGAGUUAAUUAGUUUCGAGGAAAUCGUUAAAAUGGUCUCUUGAUUCUUUGUUGUGGCGAAUUUUGUCUCAGAGUUUAUAAUAGUUUCAAUUUCAUCCCCAAACUCUUAGUAUUGGUUGAAAUAGUCCCCAGUGAGGAAUGUUUUUUGCCUCCAUUAGAGAUUAAUUUAGCACUUUUAUAAACUCUGGGAUUAAAACGAUCCCAUGUAAAUAGUCAAGCGACUAUUUUGCAAUUUACUCAUUAGAUGCAUAACAGAGAGUCUCCCAUUAGGAUAAGAAUCAUUGAAUCAUGAUCUUCCUUUGCUAUUAACCGCAGUGCAAUUCCCUUCUUGAUCCAUCCAUCCUCAAUCCUUUAAAGAGUGAAGUGCACUUUUCAUUUAUAAGUCAGCUGGCAUUUAUGUAAAAAAAUAAAGUUUAGAUGUUAUAUAUAUAUAAAUACAUAGGAAUUGAGUGAUA